AUGAGUGAGCUCGAUGACGCACACAUCUCCGUGCGCUUCAAGCACGGCAUCCAUACCUUCUACCUCUUCAUCGACGCCCUCGCCCCCAUGUCUGAAGUCACCACCGAGCUUAUCAAUGUCAUAACCGACCGCUACCCCCGAGGCCUUACCACGCGGAUCGAGCCUCCCAAGCAUACUCCUGUCAACGAGAACUCGAAGUUUGUGUUUGGCGCGUUGAAGAUUCCGAACGAUCUUUCUUCGGGAUGGACUAAGCUUAAGACGGGGGGUGGUGAGCACUCGCCGACGAAGUUGGGGUUGAAGAAUAAUAGCUUGAUUGCGUUUGCUGUUGUUCGUAAUGAGGAUGAUGAUCCGGGUUUUGACAUCGAGUGGCCGAGAGAGGAGGAAGAUCUUUACGAGGAAUGA